GCGGCGCCGCCGCCAUUUUGUCGCGGGCGGCUGAGGGAGAAGCGGCGGCGGCGGCGGGAGCGGGCGGAGCUCAACGCCAGCCCCGGCCCCGCGCCGGCCCCACACCGGCCCCGCCAACACCCGCCCGCCCGCCGGAGCCACCGGAGACCUGGCGACCGUCUGUUUCGAUUCUCUGAAGAUGGCUGCACAGUCAGCACCGAAGGUCGUGCUAAAGAGCACCACCAAGAUGUCUCUGAACGAGCGCUUCACUAACAUGCUGAAGAACAAACAGCCGAUGCCGGUGAAUAUUCGGGCCACCAUGCAGCAGCAGCAGCUGGCCAGCGCCAGAAACAGACGCCUGGCCCAGCAGAUGGAGAACAGACCGUCUGUCCAGGCUGCUCUGAAGCUCAAACAGAAGAGCUUGAAGCAGCGCCUCGGGAAGAGCAACAUCCAGGCCCGGCUGGGCCGGCCGGCGGGAGCGCUGGCCCGGGGGGCUCUGGGGGGCCGGGGUCUGGCCUUGGGUCAGCGCGGGAUCCCACGGGGGGCCCUGCGGGGCCGCGGCGCCCGGGCCAUGAUCCGAGGGGGGGCCGCGCUGCGAGGUGGGUGCCACACACACACAGAGAACCCUGGUGUUCCUCCCCUUUUGGCUGCUCCUCAGCCUGAAAUCCUGGAGUUUAUUUUGGCUUUCCCCCCGGCAGGGCAGGGGCUGCUCCGCGGCGGGAGGGGCAUCGCCCCCCGGAUGGGGCUGCGGAGAGGAGGGAUCCGCGGCCGCGGAGGGCCGGGAAGAGGCGGCCUGGGCCGAGGGGCCAUGGGCAGAGGGGGACUCGGGGGCAGAGGUCGCGGCAUGUCCGGCCGGGGCCGGGGCGGCUUCGGGGGCCGCGGGAGAGGCCGAGGCCGGGGCAGAGGCUCCGCACGGCCCGCCCUGACCAAGGAGCAGCUGGACAACCAGCUGGAUGCCUACAUGUCCAAGACCAAGGGACACCUGGACGCCGAGCUGGACGCCUACAUGGCACAGACGGAUCCCGAGGCCGCCGACUGAGGGGGCCGGCACUGCCCUUUCUCCCUUUUCCCCCAUGGAGAAUUCAGACUUAGUGUGUUCUUCGAUGUUUUGAUACUCUCUCUCUCUGUUGUAUUAAACUUUUUUUGGGAUUGUU